AGUUGCCUUGCGGCCGUGAUCGCGAGCGGGUCAGCCGUACGAGAAGCGGGGCAAGCUACAUGCUCGGCUACACAGCUUACAGGAAUGCAAUAUUGCUGAAGCCCUGAAUGUUCAACAAGCAGCUCAGCAGGUGCUGUUGCAGUAAAGCAGUGUUUCUUGCCACAUGAAUGGCACUGAACACACUCCCUGCUUGUGUGAGAUAGUCCCCAACACAAAAUUGCAUCACGACCAUGAGAGAAUAUACAAAAUUGACGUAUUGGAUUCUGCAGGAUUCAAGGCAGCUCGUGACCACUCAUUUAACAUAGGGAGUGGUCACCUGGAGGCGGAGGCGGCACAGCUGGUGCCGCAGGUCAGCACCAGCAGCAGCUAUCUGUGGUCACGACGGUGUGGGGCGUGACGACGUCGACGCAGUCGGGCCCUGCGCAGCAGCAGGGCGGCGUGGGGGUCGGCGUGAUGGGCGGCUACGGCCAGGGGAAGCCGCCGCCCGCCUUCGCUGCCUCCGGCUACCCACGCCAGCAACCACCGACUGCUUACGGGACAGCAGGGGGGCCCGUCCAGGAGGCCAGUCACGCGCAGUUCCACGGCGGAGGCGGUGCGAGUGCGCUGAGUGCAGCUGCGAUGGUGGCUGCUGCCACAGCCACAGCAACUGCCACCGCCAGUGUCGUCGCUCUGCACGAACAGGCUGCUGCUGCUGCCCAGGGGCAGUUUCCACCGCAGAUGCAGGGAAUGCCUCAGCAGUAUGGUUAUGCAAGUCAGGGAGGGCAAAGGGGGCAUGCACCUAUGACAAUGGGGGGAGCACCACCAGCCAGCAUGGGUAUGGGUCCGGGAGUUGGUCCCAUGGGAGGUAUGGGAGUCAUGGGUCAGCAUGCGACCCAAAUGAUGGGAGGUGUACCAGUUGGCAAGAUGGCAACGGUGCAGGGACAAGGUCAGAUGUACCCACGACGGGUGGCUCCUUACCCGAGCCCUACAAUGCACGCUGCUCACAAACGGCAGCCACAUUUCACACAGCAGCAAGCGCAGCCCGUUUCACCUGCAUUUUCUCCUGCUAGCACUACUGCACCACAGAUGGUCCAACUAAACGUGCACCAACAAUCUGCCCUCUUUGAAAACCUGUACGGGAGUGGCGGAGCUUACGGAGGUCGGGCUGGACCUGGCCCCGGUCCUGGACCCAUGCCAGGAUUCCAGCAGUAUGGCCCCCCACAAACCCAGCAGCAGCAGCAACAGCAGCACCAACAGCAGCAGCAGCAGCAACAACAGCAACAACAACAACAGCAGCACCAACACCAGCAGCAGCAACAGCAACAAGUCGGUGUCGGAGCCAGCCAAUUCGGUACUGUGCGGGGUGCCGCACGCCAGCCCACUCCGCCGUAUGCCUCUCCGAUGCCUGGGGCGGGAGGGGCUGCCGGUCCGGGAGGCGGGCCGUUCUUCUGUGGAGUUGGCGCACCCUUCUCGCCGAGUUACGGGGCUGGUACAGGUGCUUACCAGCACAGCCCUGUACCUGGCAACCCCACACCACCUCUCACACCAGCAGCCAGUGCUCCACCUUAUGCUUCGCCUGGUUCUGGAGCUGACGUGAAGCCCAGCUUCCCAGACGUCAGACCGCCGAUGCCGAUGCAGACUGCCUACAUGACAAACCAGCCGUGCUGGUGUGAGCAACCAGUGUUUCAUCACUCAUGUGACAAGGUGUCCAAAUUUUUGCAGGAUGAUGAAUUAAGGCUGACAUUUCCUGUUAGAGAUGGCAUCAUCUUGCCUCCAUUCCGGCUUGAGCACAACCUGGCUGUCAGCAACCAUGUCUUCCAACUCAAACCAACUGUCCAUCAGACACUCAUGUGGCGGUCAGAUUUGGAGUUGCAGCUCAAGUGCUUCCACCAUGAAGAUAGACAAAUGAAUACCAAUUGGCCUGCAAGUGUGCAGGUUUCAGUGAAUGCAACCCCACUGAGCAUCGACCGUGGGGAAAAUAAAACCUCGCACAAGCCACUUUACCUAAAAGAAGUUUGCCAGCCAGGAAGGAACACAAUACAAAUCACUGUCUCUGCCUGUUGCUGUUCUCACUUGUUUGUGUUGCAAUUGGUGCAUCGUCCCAGUGUGCGCAGUGUGCUCCAGGGUCUCCUGAGAAAACGAUUGCUGACUGCUGAACAUUGCAUAUCCAAAAUUAAGCGCAAUUUCAGCAGUACUGCUUCAGCAGGUGGAGGUUUAGGAGGAGACCGUGAUCGUGAUGGUGUUGAGCAGACAGCACUGAAGGUCUCCUUGAAGUGCCCUAUAACCUUUAAACGUAUCACCUUACCCGCCCGCGGUCACGACUGCAAGCAUAUCCAGUGCUUUGAUCUGGAAUCUUACCUACAGUUGAACUGUGAGCGGGGUUCUUGGCGAUGCCCUGUCUGCAACAAACCUGCACAGCUUGAAGGACUUGAGGUGGAUCAGUACAUGUGGGGAAUUCUGAACACAAUCAGUAAUAGUGACAUGGAGGAAGUCACCAUUGAUUCUGCUGCUAACUGGAAACCGGCCAAAAGUGUACCAGGAAUAAAGACGGAGGAGGAGAAUGAAACGUGUGGUGCUAAACGCCUUGGGAAAGCAAUGUCUCCAGGUAGCAUGACACUACCAACUAUGAAUAGUUGGGAUGUCAACCAUGCGAUGUCUCCUUACAUUCCUCCAGAUAUGAACAGUAUUGCAAGUGGCUCGAUGAUGGGCGGCGGUCCUCCCCCGUACGGGGGCACAACACCAGGAACAGGAGGAGCGCGGCCUAGCCCGUUUGACUUUGGAAGCAAUGGGCCUGUUGGCACGCAAGUGCCAGGAGCAGGAGUGGGGGCAACGGGUGAUUAUGCUGCCGGGACAGGACCUCUGACUCACCUCAGUGAUUCUGUCAACUCCUUAGACCCACUUAACUCUGUGGAGAAGACGUUAAGUGAACAGAUGCCGCAUACGCCACAUACUCCUCACACGCCACAUACCCCAGGAGGUGCAGGUGGUGGAAACUCGGGACCACCCAGUGUACCACCAGCUGACACUUCGGGAGCAACCUCAGUGUCGGGAACUGCGACAUCGGUGACGUCGGCAACUGUGAGUGCGAGUGCGGGUGCUGUACCGGGAACAGCUGACACGACAUCGGCGUCUUCGGCUGCACCGUCUGCAGCAGACAUACCAUCUGACCUCAACUUUGAUCCAGCUGCUGUCAUAGAUGGUGAAGGACAAGGCCAAGAGGCUUUGAAUUUGCUUCCUGACAACGGUGUGGAUCCUAUAGAGCUGUUGUCGUACCUGGAACCGCCGGACCUGGCAACUCCGCCAUCGAGUGGUGCGAGCAGCAAUGGUGGAGCUGGCGGUGGAACUCCUGGUGGUGCCACCACAAGUGACGAUAUUCUUGCUUUGUUUGAAUGAACAUGCAACAAAGUGUGCUGUGUUUGCUGUACGUGUGCAAAUGUGUGAUAUUGUGUAAUUUAUUGUACAUAAUCGAAUGUACUGAAGGUGAAUUUGAAGUAGAUUGAUUGUUGGCCAGUCUAGCAGAUAGUGUUUCUGUAACAGUUCAGUGAACCUUGAUAAUUAAAAUUUCUGGGCUGGCCUGCCACAGCACUGGACCUAAAAUAGUGAUGAGAAGUGUAUUAAAAUACUUCAAGAAAGCAAAUAAUAUUCUAACAAGAACUCUUAAACCCAAGAAAAAUUGUGGGUUUACUGUAAAUAAGUGAAAUUUUGUAAGAAAUGAUGUAAUAUGUCUCUCUCUAUCUCUGUCUUUUCCUUUUUUAAAAUUUAGUUUCAGCUCUUUUGGAAAUAAGAUUAUUUGUGUUUAGUGGUUGCAUUAGUUUUAUGCUUUCCUGACAUCCCCUGAUUAUGUGCAGGGAUGUUACAAACAUAUUUCUGCAUAAUAUGACCUUGUAAUUGUUCUGAUUGUUCAUACGUAAAUAUGAUUUUCAAUUACUGUGUUUCCUCAUUUACUGUACUUUGCUACAGCAGUUUAGUUCAGGCAGCCAUGGACCAUUGUGGCCAUGCUGUGGCAGGUGACUCGUAAUGCCCCUUUAAUUUGUGAGUUAAUUAUUUGUGUGUGAUGGUUUUAAAAUAUGAACACACAAGGAGAGAGUGAAAUAUUUUACCCAAAACAAGAACCAAGUGUGUGAGGAUGUGUACGUGAAACAUUUUCGUGUGUAAAUGUAUCCUGUGACAAAUCUCGAAUGACUGCAUAUUGCAUUCUUAGUGUACAGCUUCCCUUAAAGUAUUAAUUGUGAGAAGCACAAAAAUUAUAAUUGUAGAUGAGCAGUAUAACAAGUACAGAAAACUUUUAAAACAAGAUAUUAAAGACAAUGUCAAAGUAAAUAUUUAAUAGCUAUGGUUAAAAUGGAAACUUUUUGACAAAGCAGUUGUGGCAGCAAAAUAAAAACAAGCUGAUGUGAGUUGACACUAUGUAAUGAAGAUUGUUUUAGGAACUAUUUUGUGUAAUUGUGUGGGAAAUGAUGUGCUGCUGUGUGAUGCACAAGUUUCAGAAGCAGUUCCUAUUUGAGCAGCUCCAGUUUGUGGACUGAGAGAAUUCUUGCUUUUCCUGUCUUCUUUUUGAAAUGUUGUUAUUGAGAAUGCCAAAUUAUUUUGUACUUAAAAUGUGAAUGUAAUAUGAUUGAAAGCUUUCUUCUGAAACUUGUGUAAAGAGAAAAUAUAAGUGAGAUUGGCAAAAAGGAAAGUAUGUUGCUAUGGAAAAAAAUGUUUUCUGUCAUCUAAGGACCUUAACAUUUUUGAAUAAACUAAAAGGAGUUAAAUAAGAAACCUGCUAGAAGACCAUACUGCCAAUAUAUAAAUUUCUCAUGCAAUUCAAAAAACUUGCUUUGUAGGGAUUAGAUGAUCGUUUAUAAGGAUGAAGAAACACAAUUAUCGAUUUUCCCCUCCCAUUUUUUCUUUUUGUCUUCAUUUUACACUGACAAGUAUCUAAGAAGAAAAGUAUACAAAUACCACCAAGCAUAUAUGUUCCUUUGAAGCUGUCAUUUUAUGUACUUCAUAACUGACGAUGGCAAUAAAUUGGUAUUCUUUUUAGAAAAAUUGUGACAGUUAUAAAAUAUCAGAGGAAUGAAGACUUAUGUUUAAUAACAAACUACUAAGAUACUGACCUCUGAUAGUCUCCUUAAAAUUUUUUAGUUCACUAUUUAAGUGCCACACCAUUGUUUCCUUCUUCCUUUCUUCUUUUCACAAAAUUAUUUGCAUUCACGUUGAGGCAGACUCAUCUCUGACUUUCAUGGGAAUGCAAAAGUCAGAUCAUUCAUAAACCAGAUUGUCUGAGUUUGGCUGUCACAUUUGCAAAAAUCAAGUCCUUAGAAGAUAGAAUUCCCCUAAGUAGUGCACAGCUUUUUUAAAACAGGAAGAUUUCGAACUGUAUCAUUGUUAAAACAAUCAAUAAUGGGGAUAGGUAUUCAGAAAUGAAAAUUUUUUUUCCUGUUCAGAUUUUCUUCUUUCCAAAGCAACAUUUUUAUUUAUUACUUGUAUUAAUUAAUGCACAUAUCAAAUGUUGAAUUUCAGAUGGACCACUAGAAUUUGGCAAAAUUAAAAACAUAUGAAAUAUUCUUGUUUCUCAAAUACUUUAAAAUGUGUAUUGUGAGAAAGAUACUUGAAAUUUUGGUAAAAGAAAGUAAAGAACAGAAACUUUUUCCCCAGCACGUGGUACAUAAAAUAUCCCCCUCCAGAAUAGUUUUUUCUCACUCCUGCACUCAAUCUCUUGCACCUGUGGAACUCAUAUUUUUUAACUGCUUCACAUGAAGAAUUGUAUUUGGACCAAGCAGUUGUGUUGUUGCCAGCUUUGGGCUUGAGAGUAUAGGUGUAGCAUUUCACUGUACUGCCGUUUAGCGGCUCGAAACAACGCCAGCUAGUUAUAGGUAGGUCUUCCUUUGUACACUGUGCCAUAUGCACAGUGAAGUCAUGUUUAACUUCAGUAUUGUACAUAGUUUCCAGUGUAGAUGUAUCUCUGCAAAAAAUGUAUUAUUACACAGAUGAA